GCCCGGCGCGCUGAGGCUGCUGCACCGGCUGGGCCGGAAGUGCCGUGUCCACGCGGGGAGGAGGCGGCGGCGGCGGCGGCGGGAUGGGGCGCGAGAGCAAAACCAAGAACCAGAAGCGGGCGCGGGCGGCCGCGCAGCAGCGGGCCCAGGAGCAGUUCGCCUCCGUCCCUCACUCCUUCGUCUUCCACCGCGGGCGCGUGGGCCGGAGCCUGCAGCAGCUCAUCCUGGACGUGCGGCGGGUGAUGGAGCCGUUCACAGCCAGCACCCUGCAGGUGCGGAAGAAGAACUCGCUGAAGGAUUUUGUGGCGGUGGCAGGGCCCUUGGGCGUGACGCACUUCCUGGUCUUCACCAAAUCCCCCACCAAUGUCAACUUCAAACUCGUCCGUCUCCCGGGAGGCCCAACGCUGACCUUCAAAGUGACGCAGUACUCGCUCAUCAAGGACGUGGUGUCCUCCCUGAAGCGCCACCGCAUGCACGAGCAGCAGUUCACCCACCACCCGCUGCUGGUGCUCAACAACUUCGGCCUGCAGCAGAUGCACGUCAAGCUGAUGGCCACCAUGUUCCAGAACAUGUUCCCCUCCAUCAACGUGCACAAGGUCAACCUCAAUGCUAUCAAGCGGUGCCUGCUGAUCAGCUACAACGCGGACUCCCAGCUCCUGGACUUCCGGCACUACAGCCUGAGGGUGGUGCCUGUGGGGGCCAGCAAAGGCCUCAAGAAGCUGCUGCAGGAGAAGUUCCCCAACAUGAGCCGGCUGGAGGACAUCAGUGAGCUGCUGGCCAAGGACAUUAACCUGUCGGAGAGCGAGGCCGAGCAGGACGGGACCCACAAUAUCCUGGAGCUGCCCCAGGUGUACGCGGGCCGGGGGAACAUGAAGGCCCAGCAGAGCGCCGUGCGGCUCACAGAGAUCGGGCCCCGAAUGACCCUGCAGCUCAUCAAGGUGGAGGAAGGGUUGAACCAGGGCAACGUGCUCUACCACAGCUUCAUUCUCAAGACGGAGGAGGAGCUCCGGGCGGCCCUGGCCAGGAAGGAGGAGCGGCUGCGGCUGAAGGCAGAGCGGCGCCGCAGGCAGGAGGCCGACGUGCAGCGCAAGAAGGAGCAGCGGGAGGCCCACAGGAAGCAGAGCCUGGCAGGGAUCAAGAGGAAGCAGCAGCAGGGGGAAGAUGGCGACAGUGGUGCUGAGGACCCUGGGAUGCCGGAGGACCAGGACCCGGCCAACCAAUCGGACGACGACGCGGAAUAUUACCGGCAGGAAGUGGGCGAGGAGCCCGACGCAGAUCUGUUCCCCAAAAGCGCGAAGAGGAAACCUGGGCCCCCGUGCUCCCCCCAGCCCAGCAAGAGACUCAGACCCAGCCAGCCUGGGAAGCAGCCUGCCAGCCGCAAGGCAAAGCACAGGAGACCCCCUGGCCAGCUGCAGAGGGGCGGGCGCAGCCCCAGGGAGGCUGACCGGAACUCUCAAAGGCCUGGCCAGCAGAAGGACCCACGGAGACCCAAGGGCCGCGGGCAGCAGCGAGGAGCACGGAGUCCGAAGCCGAAAGGACCCAGGCAUCCGGGGCAGCAGGGAACCAAGCGAGGCCCUAGGCUCCCUGGCUCCAAGUUCAAAGGGCCGGGGAAGCCGGGGCUGCGGAGGAAGCAGGCAGCCCAGGGGAAGGGGGGGCGCCAGAGGCCCCGGGCCCCCAAGAAGGGGCAGCACUAGCCCCCCCCCGGACCUCUUCCUUGUUCACAAACUGGGGGAAGGGAGGGGGGUGGCUGUUCAAUACACCCCUCUGCAUUGCUACCCUGGUCUGUGCGUGC